AAACGCAGCAUUUCAUUAGCUACUCUUAAGACUUCUUAUCUAUGGUUGGUUGCUGAGAGAAUGCAGUAAAACAAAGGAGGAAAUUUCUGUCCUGAAAAUUGCACUCAGUUGCUCUUGGCUUUCAUUGAAUCUAAUUGCAGGGAGAACAUGAGUCCAGUUUUGAAGACAGUCCAGACAACUCUUUCAUUAAACAAGUUGAGUUCCAGCAAUUAUCCUAGGAAAGAAAAGAAGUUGCUUCAACAUGGGUCAUGCUCUUUUCCAAUAAAUAACGUCCAAUUAUCUUUCCGAGGUGGUUUCGAGGUUGUAAGUAAUGUUAACAGCUCACACAAAGAAAAGACUUGUCUCUAUGAUGAAGGAGAAUUGGAGGCCUUGCCACACGUACAAACUCUUAGAGAGUUUCCUCGAGAGGAGCUUGUUGCAAAAGUUGUUAUGGUGAGAUUUGAUUCUACCAUUUUGCUUGGAGAAAAACUGGAUUUGAGUUCUCAGUCUGCUUCGAAAGCACUGUACACCAUUAAGUACUUACACGAAUGUGGGGCUAAAGUAAUUCUCAUGAGUGAAUGGAGUAGGAAAAUCAAUCCCAAACUUCUUGAUGCACAAGCUGUUGCAGAUAUCUUGUCAUCUGUUCUCCAGCUCAAAGUUAUUGCUUUAAGAUGCAUUUCUUGCAAAUCACCACUGAGGAGGGAAGACCUGCAGAAAGCAGACAUCUUUUUGCUUGAGAAUCUUUCUGAAUAUAAAGAGGAAGUUGCCAACUGUUCAAAGUUUGCUGAACUUUUAUCAUCAGAAGUUGAUAUUCUUGUUAAUGACUCAUUUUGUCAGUCUCAUAAAGUUCUCGCAUCAACAGUUGGUGUUGCUCGUUUUUGCUAUGCCUCUAUGGCUGGUUUUUCCUUUGAAGAAAACCUUCAUCAGCUAAAGAAGAUUGCAAAAACUAAGAAAAAACCAUAUGUCGCAGUUAUUGGAGGAGGCAAUCUCAAGCGCAACGCAGCGGCUUUACAAUUUUUAGCAUCUAGAUGUGAUGCAUUGGUCUUUGUUGGACAAAUGUCCUUUCAGAUAAUGCGUGCUUUAGGACACAGUAUUCCUACUAAUCUGGUGGAACGUGAUGCCCAUAAAGCCGCUUUAGACAUUGUUCAGUUUGCACAUGAUAAGAACGUUCUCAUGUCAUAUCCCAAAGAUUUUUGGUGCACAAAUCAGCAUCUUCCUACGGAAUUGGAAGUUUUUCCUGCUCAUGGAGUUUCAGCUAGUUGGCUACCUGUUGAUCUUGGACCUAGGUCAUUGGAAGAAAUAUAUUCUUUGGUAACAAACUCCAAGAAGAUUAUAUGGAUUGGUCCAGUGAAAUUCAGUUCCUCCAAACCUUGCACAGUUGGAACUUCUAAAUUGGCUCAGAUGCUUUGCAAACAGAGUCAAUGUGAAUGUGAGAUAACAAUUGUUGGGAGUACAGCAUGUGAAGUAAUAAAAAAUGAAUCAAACUCUUUAUCUUCUUUCAAUGUGCUAGAAAAUGCUUCAGUUGUAUGGGAGUUUCUCAAAGAACAAAAGCUGCCUGGUGUCAUGUCCUUAGAUAGAGCAUACCCAUUUGAGAUUGACUGGAGUGUGGCCUAUCAUGAUGCAUCCCAACCUUUGGUUGUUGAUAUUGGAAGCGGCAAUGGACUCUUUAUCAUGGGAAUGGCCCAAAACAGGAAGGAUCUGAAUUUUCUUGGUUUGGAGAUUAAUGGAAAGCUUGUAAGACGUUGUCUGGAUUCUGUUCAUCAAUCUGGCAUAAGAAACGCUUCAGAAUCAUCACCAUGUUGCUUCGGUCAUAUGUGUAGAUACUUUAUUGGUUCAAAUGCAACAACGACAUUCCGUUCCAUUGUCUUCAGUUACCCAGGAGAAUUGGUUCUUGUUUCAGUUCAGUGUCCAAACCCGGAUUUUAACAAACCAGAAAAUAGGUGGAGCAUGCUGCAAAGGUCGUUAAUUGAAGCAGUGGCCGAUCUUCUUGCAUCUAAGGGGAAGGUCUUUCUGCAAUCUGAUGUCGAAGCAGUUGCUAUGAGAAUGAAAGAACAGUUUCUGCAGUACGGAAAGGGCAAACUUCAUCUUUCGCAUGAUCAAUACAAUAUAAGAAUCAAUGGAAAUGCAUGGCUCGAGGAGAACCCAUUUGGCAUUCAUUCGGACUGGGAGCAACAUGUUAUAGAUAGAGGCGCUCCUAUGUACAGAUUAAUGCUUUCCAAAUCAACUGGCUCUUGAAUAAGUUAUUGGGCAUUUGCUGGUUUUAGGACAUUGUUCGUAGCUGAACUAUCCACAUCUUGCUUGAAGAUCAUCUGUAGCAUAACUCGGUGCUGGUACAAACACAGUCUACCCUUUCUUGGUAAAGAAACAGAAGAAGAUGAAGAACAUCUGUAUAUUCAAUCAAUCAAAGAAUACAUGGCACACUGUAUUUAUAAUACUCAACGUUAACAACUAACUAACAGCUAACUGAAUAACUGUUUACAAUAA